AUGUCAGUAAUUGUCAGGGUAGCCAUUGCCAAGAAGACCGACAUACGGCUCGGCAUGGGCACAAACAUGUACCCCUCAUCAGCCCUUCUUGGGCAGAGCAGAGAUGAAUCCACCGCUUCAACCCCUGAUGAUUUGAUCAAGAAGGCUGAUGGCUUUGCCAGCGUCUUCCCAGAACACAAGUAUGAGAUCAUCAAGAAACUACAGCGGAUGAAGCACAUAUGUGGAAUGACUGGAGAUGGCAUCAACGACGCGCCUGCGUUGAAGAAGGUAGAUAUCGGAAUUGCUAUAGCUGAUGCUACUGAUGCUGCCAAGAGUGCCUCUGACGUUGUGCUAAUUAAACCUGGACUCAGUGUCAUCAUCAGUGUUGUGCUCACUAGCCGGGCCAUCUUUCAGAUGAUGAAGAAUUACACUAUAUGCGCGAUGUCGAUAACAAUCAAUGUGCACCUUGGAUUUGUGCUGAUUGCUUUGACGUGGAAAUUUGAUUUCUCACCAUUCAUGAUUCUAAUCAUUGCCAUUCUGAACUAUGGCACAAUCAUGACUAUCUCGAACGAUAGAGUAAAGCCAUCCCCACACCUAGAUAGUUGGAAGCUGAAUGAAAUUUUUGCCACCGCAUCGUGUAUGCCACCUACUUAG